GUUCCCGCGACCCAAGUUUAAGAAUAUUCGGAUUACGCGCACUUUUCUUUAAUUUCUGACAUAGCCUCAUAUUGAAACAGUAAAUUUGGGCGGGAAAUGUCGAAGUUUAGUUAGGCCUAGGGCUGUAAGAUUCCGAAAUUUUUGGAAUCGAGUCCUCUGUUGUUUUCGAUUCUUUUUCUAUUCUUGUUUUUUUUUUUUUUUAGAUCGAAGGAACCUUAUAAUCUCGCCAUGACUGCAGGAUAUAAAGGUCGUAAAAAGUAUCCUUCUCAUAAUAUGAAGCUUUAUUUGUAAAAAAUGACAAUACAUUUCUAUAGCUAUAUGAUUGAUUUUUAAAUUGUAAUUUUGUCUGCUUUUGCCCGUGAAAUUAGUCAUAGCUCACUGCUCAGCAAGGCCAUGUUAUCGCAUGAAUUGAACAAGACAUGAAGUGUCUAAAAUAAAUGUGCAUAGUUCAGCUGAAUGAUGAAGUUUACUUUGACUCUAUGCUUUGUAUAAAAUUAACAAACUGUACAUUGAAACAUAAUAACCAGAACAUUAACAAUAACACUGAUAGAGCUCGUGGUUUAUCUGUCAAUCAGAUGCUCGGCCACUGAUCUGCUCGAGACGUUUUCUUUUAGAAUAAUCAUUGGCUGAUAGAAAUAAAUAGUAUUUUAGAUGGAAAUAAGAUCCUCAAUCACGUCAUGAUCUAUUCUGUCGUGCAGCGCUGUAAAUUGUGGACAUAAGCCAGUUCCACCGUAAAAUAGCCCCUGAAUAAUAAUUAUUAUUUUUUUAACUGGUUCAUUAAAACUAUCCGAAAGAAACUUUUCGUGGAAACGAAUCAGACUUAAUCACUUUUAGCGAGCAUGAGGCGAAGGGUAAAUAUAAAAAUGAAAUAGAUAUUUUAUAUAUAAGCAUGAGGGAGAUGGUGCUUCUCAAACGGAAGGCUGCAUCCUCAAAUUCUGAUCUCAGUACCGACUCGUUUUCUUUCAGUUUUCUUUCAGUAUUUUCGUGAAUUUAAAUGUGUGUAGGAUGCAGCCUUCCAUUUGAGAGGCACCCAUAGAUAAACUUAUUUGUUGAACUGAAAAAAGCUCUGAAUGAGGAGUCGAUUCCUCUUGAUGGGAUCGAUUCCAACCUUUGGAAUCGACUCUCGAUUCCCAACGCCUCGGAAUCGAUUCUUUUUAGAAUCGAUUCCCAGCUCUAGUUAGGCCACAUAAUCCAUUGUUGCCAGUCGGUUGCUAGUAGGCUACAGCAAUCUUUUUUUUUUUUUUUUGUAUCGUUUUUUGAAGCUUGACAUCCGUGGUCACUAUGAAUGACAGAAGCACACAUUCUUCAGAAAUCCUCCCUUUGUGUUCCACGGAGGAAAAGGGGAUAUGAAGCUGGUUGCAGGGUUAGCCGUGCUGUGGAUGUGGGUUGCGGAGGCCAUUGAAAACUGCCCCGAUGCUUGUAAAUGCAGCCAGAAAUCCAGUAUGGAAAAGACUGAAGUCAAUUGUCAGAAGAAGGGACUUGAGAGCAUCCCACCCAAACUCCCUCUGGACACUUGGAUCCUUAAAAUGGGUGAAAAUGUAUUGCAGGACCUCCCAGCCAACAUCCUGAGCUCCGUGCCUAAAAUCGAGAGCAUAAACUUAGAGCGAAACUCAAUCAAAUCAAUACACCCUCAAGCAUUUGCUGGUGCCCAGCGACUGAUGCUUCUGAAUCUGCAAGGAAACCGAAUGUCCAAACUCCCAGUGAAGGGCUUCAAAGAUCUCCUAAACCUACGCUUUCUCAUGCUGGGCCAGAAUCAGAUAGCUAGUCUGAAACCUAACAUGUUCAUUGGCAUGAGGAACCUCUCAGAGCUGGAUCUGCCCCUGAACACCCUCACUGCUCUCCCACCAAAUACAUUCAAGCCUCUGAUUGCCCUCAAAGUCCUGGAUCUAGCCUUGAACCACAUCCAAAGCAUCUCACCCAAAGCCUUUGUCGGACUUGACGAGCUGCUUUUUCUUAAUUUGGACAACAACAAGCUGAAGAGUAUCCAAGCUGGGACCUUUGCGCCCCUGAUUGGUCUUGAGAUGCUGGUGCUAGACAACAAUUUUCUCUCCACACUUAACGCGGCCACGCUAGAAGGUCUUUCCAAUCUACAGGAGCUCUAUGUGAGAAAGAAUGAAAUUGAGAGUUUGCCAGCUGACGUGUUCCGCCACACACCUAAACUUACUCACGUGGGCUUAAGUGGGAAUCGGCUUCAUGCCAUUGACGGAAACAUGUUAGCCAACAUGCAAGGUUUAAAAGAGGUGUUUCUGCACGACAACCCAUGGAAAUGUGACUGUAGCAUCAACUCUCUGGUACAUUACGUAGCCCAGACGAGGACUAAUCACUCUCCUCUGCAAAGGCUUCGGUGCACCAGCCCAGAAGAGUUUCGUGAUAGACCCAUCCACCAGCUGAAAUCUGAUGAACUUCCCUGUAGGGCCUAGAAAAUCCUCACAUCUGAUAUCAUAUCACGAACGACCUCCAAAAGUUGGGAGCACAGUAUAAUAACAGCGUGAUAGUUUCUGCAUUUGAAUGGCGAUGCUUCACAGAACUCUGACCACAAUGACUUUGACAGGUUAAUGAUAGAGCUGCUGUUUUGUAGAUAGUCAUAAUUUUCACCCACACCAGUCGACUAUUUUCAGGCCACAUGGAGAGCAGUACAUCCUACAAAACUAAGGAGGAAGCAUGCGUUCGUUUUUCUUUAUACAAAUGAAAUGCCUAUUUUCUUAUGUAUUAAUAAUAAUAAUAUGUUUUCACAACUUAAUAUUACAAAAUAUCCUGUUAAAAUAUCCUAAUAUAUUAUGUAUUAUUUAUCCAAAGUGUUUUUUAUGGUCCUUCAGCAUCUACGUAGAAUAUGCUGUCAAAAUAUAAUGUUAGUAGGUGAGUAAAUAAAAAAAUACUAUAUCAUACAGCAGUUAUAAUGUCAUUAAACCCAUUCUUAAAAUCAUUUAUCUAUUUGAUGUAUACAGUAUAUACACAAUCAACACAUUUCGCAACUGCUAAUGAUUUUUUUGUUAGAUGCAGUGAAGCUUA